AUGUCAUCGACUUUUAAAACCUUGCCGUUCGUCUGGUUGGCCUUUUUUGCUAUACCCUUACUGGCCACAAGAAGUAUUCCCAAGGAUUUUAACAAACUAUUGCAGGAGAUUUUUGAAGAGCAUAGUUUUGAUACAAUGUUGCUGUUGGAAAAUUCAUCAACUUCAUCGCAGGACCUAACGCAGGCAAUCCAUCGGUUUUCAGUGCCUAAAAUGCUUAUUACCAAUGCCACAUUUAUCUACAAGCAACAGUUCAAUGCGGAAAUUUUAGUGAUUAUACUCAUGAUGGCUUCUUUUGACCCAAGAAUAAUGGCAACUAUGGCCCACAUUUUGGAAUAUAUGCGUCAAACCAGAAUUCUCACCAUGGCCAUUGAUGUGGAAACGGAGCAUAAGUUUAAACAAGAACUUCUCAGCUCCUGCCAAAGUUUCAAUAUCACAAGGAAUUUCUUAUAUUUCAUCAACUCAAAGGGUAAUGGCGAGGAAAAUUUCUAUAUACUCAAACCCUAUCCUCAAUAUCAUUGGCAUUCAAGUGGUUAUGUUCAAGGAACAAAGAAGUUCUUAUAUUACCCUCAACAUUGGAGAAAUAUGCACAAGAAAACCCUGCUGACCUUUGCCGACCAAAGCAAUACCAGAGCCAUAUACUUCAAAGACGAUAAAGGGAACUUGAAAAUAAAUGGCAUUUGUGCCAGACUUGUGAUGCUUUUUGCCGAGCGCUAUAAUGCAUCACUGCAAAUGGCCUAUCCUUUAAGUUUGACCCAGCCCCUGCAUUUUGGAGAAAUUUUGAGAACUAUGGUAAAGAGAAAUUUAUUGGAUAUACCUAUGGUGCCGAAUUCAGGCUUUGAUGUCGACCAUUGGAUAAACUCCUCCGAUGUUUAUGAAUACGAUCAGGGCAUUAUAAUGGUACCUUGCGCCCAAUUACGAACCUUAUCGGAGGUCUACGAUGCCAUACUCUUGAAUAAGUAUCUCUGGGGUUACCUUAUUGUGGGCAACAUUGUUUUAUCGUUUAUACACUCACUGAUAGAUUAUGUAAAUGAUGACAUUUUCCCCAGAAGCCAAAUUUUCUUUAGUGAACGCAUAUUUCCUGGUCUAUUGGGCCAAUCGUUUGUGGCUCGCAGCAGCAAAAGGCAUAGCUUGAAAAUACUUUAUUUUCUACUCUUCAUAGCUGGUCUUAACUUUAAUACCUUCUUUUCGGCAGAAGUAAGCAGUGUUUUUACCAGUCCUGGCUUUCAUGCCGAAAUUCGAACCCUUGAUGAUCUCAGCCAAUCACCUUUAAAGUUAUUAUUUUAUGAAUCAGAAGCCCGUGUCUUGAUGCCACACAUUAAUCUUAGCAAGGACUCUGUUGUGACCACAAACAAUUUGACCUAUUUGCAAGGACUUCGUAAUAAUCUGAAUUUAAGCUACUGCUAUUAUUGCUCCUUAGUUUCCUGGAAAACCAUUAUGCGCAAACAGGAUAUCAUGGGCAAAAAAGUAUUCUGCACCCAUGAAAAUUUGACUAUAUUUCCAUAUAUUCCUUGGGUUAUACCUCUGCAACACAAUUCACCGUAUAAGGAAGCCUUGAAUUAUCUCAUCUCUUUGGUGCAUGACUUUGGCCUAAUGGAGGCAUGGACUGCAAGCACAUUUGCAGAUUUUCUCAAGCUACAACAGAAGACCACAAUGCCUAUGGCAAUGGGACCCGAGACGAAGCCGCUUAGUUUCACAGACAUGCAUUGGAUUUGGUUGCUGCUGGCAAGUGGUUUGCUAAGCAGUGGACUUGUGUUUCUUUUGGAAUUGGUUUGGCGAAGGCAUUAA